GAAAUAGGCAUCAGUCGACCGUGAUCGGUGCGAAGUGAUCUUCCUUACUCGGAUCCCAACACAGACCUCGUUCGAUAUGAGAUCGCUGGUGGUGUUGUGCGCUGUAAUCGCCGCGGCGGUGGCCGCCCCCUCGCUGUACGUGCCCUCGGCCGUGUCCCAUCAGUCCCGGGUGGACGUGCACUCGUCCCCAGCUGUGGUGACUCAGUACGUAGCUGAGCCAGUAGUCGCUACUCACGUGGUAGCCGAGCCCGUGGUAGAGGCGCGCGCUGUCUACGCCGCCCCCGCUGCCGUGUCCCACCAAUCCCGCGUGGACGUCCGCUCAUCCCCUGCCGUAGUCGCUUCUGUCCCCGUGGUCGCAUCCGCCCCCGUCGUCGAGCCUGUGGUGGCCUACGCCGCCGCUCCCGUCAGCACCGUGUACGCCGGUGGUUCUGCCGUGUCCCACCAGUCCCGCGUCGACGUGCAGUCCUCCCCGGCCGUGGUUUCCGAACAUCUAGUGGCCCCCGUGGUCGAGGCCCGCUCGGUUCUGACCCCCGCUGUGUACAAUGGUGCCCACAGCGUGUACGGUGCCGGCGCCUACGGUCACGGUGUAUCUUCCAUCUACGGUGCUCACGCUGGCUUGGGUCUCUCUCACGGCCAUCUCCUGAAGAAGCGUUCUCUUGCUCACGUCUACGCUCCCGUUGCCCACGUUGCUCACAUUGCUCCCUCCGCCGUGUCGCAUCAGUCUCGCGUUGACGUGAUCUCGAAACCCGCUGUGGUGUCCGAGGUCGUGUCUGCCCCCGUGGCCGUCGCUCACGCCGUCCCCUCCGUGUCCUACGCUCACGUGGCGCCCCUCGCGCACUCCGCCGUCUGGACCGCCCCCGCUGCGCAUCUUUCCCAUUCCGGACUCUUCCAUUCCGCCCUUUGGUGAACAACGAUUCGACGAACGAUGUAGUUUUCGUUUUAAUAGUUUAUUUUAUUAAAAUGAAUAGACAAAUAUAGACCAAUUUUACAAAUUUA